UGAUUGUGCCACCCAAGCAUAUGAUUGUUGAGUUAUCAUUGAGACGCACUACAAAAGAGCAUAUUAUAUUGAAAUAAUAAAGCGUGAUGCCAGGCAUCGAUUGGAUACCGGUUGUGUCACAGGUUAAAUCUUUGGUUCAGAUAGUCACCGGUGAUGUGAAAGGCGCCCGUGAAACUCAAGAAAAUUUCUCUCGUGAAUGUCCUAUUGUAUCGCAAUUUAGAUCGGCUGUCGAAUUGGCGGCAGGCGAUGAAGAAGCCGCAUUGGACACUCAACUUCGAUGUCUUGGUACCGUAAACAAUGUGCUCGAUGGCCUACCAGUGGUUGGCCAUGUCAAAGGUGUCAUACAUCAUAUUGCAGGAGAUCAUAAAGGUGGAAAUCGAGCACUCAAAUCGGCAACAAGAACAACGGUAGUAAUGGGAACAGGAGCGGUAGCUGCCGUAACCAGUGGAGGUAUUGCAGCCAUUCCUGCCGGUAUUGCUGCAGGUGCAGCGUUCGAUUCGACCGAUUCUAUCAUCCAUGAAAAACCAAAAGGAAUCAUCGCUGCAAUGGACAAAAUGGCUACUGAACCGAAUGGGGGAAAUGUUUUCGAUGCAGCAAUGAGCAUUGUGGGGGAUGGCUUAACAGGAUACAGUGGAGGAAGAAUAGGGACCAAGAUCAGUAACAAUUUGAAAUCGAACAAUUUCAAGGCUAGCGUUGGCGAUAAUUUGAAACUAAAACAAAUGGAAGCUGAACUGGCAACCAAAUAUGAACUAUUCGAAAGUAACUAUCAUCCUGGUGGUACCAUGAAAACUGGCCAACUUCUUGAAUUGGGUGAGGAGUGCAAGACUUUGUAUGCAGAGAUUGACAAAAUGAAACAUGGCACACCUGCACCUGCAUUUGAUCCAAAACAAGCACCAAGCACCGAGCCUUUCAUAGUAGGGCAGGUACGGAGCACAUCAUAUGGAUGCAUUACUGACAACGAAGCUUAUUUGGCCGAUCAAUACCAAGGAGAACAAUGUAAAGGUGAUACGGAUGAAAAAUAUGCUAAAGCCAAAAAUUACGCCAACCAACAAUCAUCGAAUAAAACAUUCGAUAAGAAUUAUUCCACCUAUCAGUACAUUACACAAGAGCAACUGCAGAGAAAUAUCCGAGAUCAUAAUGGUGAUCACAAUCGAGCUCCACAACGUAAUCUGAAGAGAACAUGUCAACUUAUCGUUGGUCUUCGUUAUCUAUAUCUAGCCAUGCCAAGUCAAUUCAAUUACACAGUGAGUGUCUCACCCAUUUGA